AUGAAAGGGUUCGGAAAAAAGAAAGAGGCGGAGCUUGCUGUUGGUUCGGCUCUUGCAGCUGUGCUUCCAGCAAACCCAAAGCCGUGGUACUUGACGCCUCACUUGCUCAAGUUGAACCUUUGCUUAUUGAUUCCUUUGCUUUCUUCUGCUUCCGUUGGCUAUGAUGGUUCAAUGAUGAACGGCCUUCAAACCCUCCCUCAAUGGCGUGGAUUCUUCGGAAAUCCCGAGGGCGCAGUUCUUGGCCUUAUGAAUGCGGUUUAUCCUCUCGGCAAAGUCGUCGCACUCUUCGUUGUCACCUACAUCUGCGACCGCUGGGGUCGCAAGCUGCCUAUCAUCAUUGGGCUUGCAGCUUGCAUUGGGUUUGCCGUCUUGCAGGGACUGUCGCAAAACCUUGCCACUUUUGUAACCGCAAGAGCUUUGUUAGGCUUCUUCACCACCUUCAUCAGUCAGCCAAGCCCCAUUAUUAUCACCGAGUUAGCGUACCCGCCCCAGCGAGGUAAAGCGACGGCACUUUAUAAUACUUUCUUUGUAAAGUACCCAUCAAAGUAUUUCGGAUCUAUCUUUGCUGCAUGGUGCACCUUUGGAACUUUCAAGAACCCAACGGCCUGGAGCUGGAGAAUUCCUUCCAUUUUGCAAGGAGCCCUACCAGUCAUUCAACUAAUGGGAGUGUUUUUCCUUCCCGAAUCCCCUCGUUGGCUUAUGAGUCGUGGUCGCAAAGACGAGGCAAGACAGUUUUUCGCAGACUACCAUGCUGGCGGAGACAUUAACAGCCCACUGGUCGAAUUUGAGAUGCAAGAAGUCGAGAGCACUCUGAAUGCUGAAGCUGAAGCCAUGUCCCAGUCAUCUUGGCUUGAACUUAUCCGAACGCCUGCAAACCGAAGACGUACUCUCAUUGCCAUGAUUGUCGGCUUCUUCAGUCAAUGGAACGGCGUUGCAGUUGUCAGUUAUUAUCUGAAUCUGGUCCUCAACACGAUUGGAAUCACGGAAGUCAAGGACCAAACUCUUAUCAACGGUAUCCUGCAAAUUUUCAACUGGGUGAUAUCAACCUUCCUCGGAGCUCUUAUGGUUGAUCGCCUGGGUCGUCGCGCUCUGUUCCUCAUUUCCACUGGAGGCAUGCUGAUCAGUUACAUCGUAUGGACGGGCCUGACAUCUUCGUUUGUUUCCAGUGGAAACGAGGCGACCGGCAAGGCAGUCCUGGGAUUCAUCUUUAUCUUCUACUUUUUCUACGACGUAUCUUGGACCCCUCUAUUACAAGCCUACCCUGUCGAAAUCUUCCCUUACACACUUCGGGCGCGUGGCUUGUCUGUUACUUACAUCACCGCCUUUACCGGCCUCAUCAUUGGCAACCAGGUCAACCCAAUCGCGAUGAAAGCAAUUGCCUGGAAGUACUACAUCGUUUUUUGUUGUAUUCUUGGGUUGAUAUUCGGAUUAAUUUGGUUCCUCUUCCCUGAGACAAAGGGCCAUACACUGGAAGAGAUCCGAGAGGUGUUUGAGGGCAAGUCUGAGAAGGUUCAUGGCAAAGAAGCGGAUGUUGAAGAAGGAGAGGUUGAAGACGUCCCCAAGGAGGCUAAAGUGAAGCAGGUUGAGACUGCCUAA